AUGGAAAAAGUGCUCUCUAUGGUCCCAGAAGUGAAGGUUUUGGAUGUUGAAAGAGAAGUUGAUCCGAAGAUAUUUGAAUUUGUUAUGAAUAAUGUGAAAGUGAUGAGAAACUUCACUAAACACUAUGAUCAAGGACCGGUAGUACCGGAGCCAUUUUCCACACAACUGCAUUGUACUGACUCAAUUCUAAGCCGUGGUUGCGAAUGGACUCUUCCUGAUAUUCUUCUCAAAUUGAAUUGCCGCCACUCGGUAUUCGAGUACCAUAAGUUUGUGACGGCGGACCUCAUGGCGUUCCUGAAGAAAUGGAUGAGUUCAGAGGGAGAAGAAAUGAAGAAUAUCGAGUAUUUGAUGAUCGCAAAGGGAACAAAGUUUGAUGAUAUGGCAGAAAUUGAGUAUUUGAAGAAGGAAUUGGGUGUGGUGCGGUGCGAUCAGAGUAGAGGAGAUAGAGAGUGA